CACUUUGCCUGUCGUAUGGACACAACUUUCAUUGAGUGCAGUUUUUACAAAAUUCAGACCUGGGUGGCGAAAAGAAAGUUGUGCUUUUUGAUAUCGUCAUGUUACCCACAAAAGGAAAUCAACUUGUAAAAUCUUUACAAAGAUCUUUACUGAUACAUUCGAACAAACUUGUUUCUGCUGCUGUUCCAUUAACUGAUCCAUUACCUGAUGCACCAAGUCAGCAUGUUCCAAGAAUAGUGCAUAGAGAUGUAAAGAUAACCCAACUUGAGAAUGGAAUUAAAGUUGCAACCGUAGAUAAUGGUGGCGCAGUUAGCAGACUUUGUGUAGCACUUAGAGGUGGAAGUCGAAAUGAAACCAGUACCCAGUUCGGAUUAUCACAUCUCUUAAAAAAUGCUGCUUUUAUUACAAAUAAGGAGAGAACUGAUCUUCGCACUGUUCGAGAGUUGCAGCAAAUUGGUGGUACACUGGAGUGUAAAAGUUCACGAGAAUUAAUUUCAAGAAAUGCAGUUUUCAUGAGGCAUAAAUUGUUAGAGCUCCUGGAAAAUAUGGCACCUGGCAUAACACAGCCUAUUUUUAAUGCAUGGGAUCUCUCAGAUGUCAUUGAAGGUUGUCAAUUUGAAAACGCAAUUGUUUACACUGACCCAAAUGCAGUAAAUUUGGAGUUGCUUCAUCAAGCUGCCUUUAGAUCUGGUCUUGGUAAUUCCUUAUAUUGUGAAAAUUUCCGACUUGGUUGCUACUCCCCAGAACAGCUUGAAGAGUAUGUCCAACAAAUGCAUGUGGGCGAACGUCUAACUAUUGUAGGAACAGAUGUUGACCACGACGAACUUUUAAGAUACGUGAAAGAAUUGUUUGGAAAUCUUCCUCGAGGUCAGAUCUUACAUAACACAACACAAAAAUAUUUUGGCGGAGAAAUCCAUCGUAACACUGGGGUUGACCUCACCUAUGUUUCACUCGUUACUGAAGGGGCAGGUUUGUUUCACGCAAAUCUUCCAGUGUUAGCUGUUUUGCAGAGAAUACUUGGUUCUGGACCAAAUGUUAAGUGGGGAAGCAACCAAGCGUCAUCCAGGAUAAAUAAGGCAGCGACAGCAGUAACUGACGGCCCUCUCUUGAUAAACACGCUAAAUAUUAGUUACUCAGAUGCUGGCUUGUUUGGUGUGAAUAUCAUCACCACUCCACAAGCUGCUACACCAGUUCUAAAAGCUGCAGUUGGACAAAUAACUGCAGUUGCCAAAGGUGAUGUAACAGCAAAAGAAUUUGAAAGAGCGAAAACACAAGCAAAAGCAGCUGCCUCUAUGCAAAGUGAGAGCAACGAUGAUAUGUUAGAUGAUCUUGUACAACAGAUUGCUUUCCAUGGCAGAUAUACUCCGUUAAAAGAAUCUUUGGCAAAUAUUGAUAAAGUAACACUUGAAGAAACUAGUAAGUUAACAAAGCAUUUGCUCAAUGGGAAAGCAUCGUUAGCUGUUACUGGAGAUUCAUCUGCUGCUCCGUACAUUGAUCAACUUUUUAUUUGAAGACCAGAUAAAUUUAUAUAAUUGAUGGCUUGUAAUGUUUAACAGUGAAUAGAAACUCCCUUAUGUUUUUGCUUUGAUAGAAGACAAUUUACAGUGUGUGUC